CCGAAAGAAGAGCGAAUGGGAGAAAAAAUUGCAUCAUCAAUAGCCAUAGGAAUAGACCUGGGAACAACGUAUUCCUGUGUUGCAGUGUGGCGCCAUGAUCGAGUGGAGAUCAUAACCAACGACCAAGGGAACAGAAUAACACCUUCUUGUGUUGCAUUCACUGAUACCCAAAGAAUGAUUGGAGAUGCUGCUAAGAAUCAAAUUGCUGCCAACCCUACCAACACUGUCUUUGACUCAAAAAGGUUAAUUGGUAGGAAGUUUAGUGAACCCCAUGUCCAGAAUGAUAUGAAACUGUGGCCAUUUCAAGUUACCAAUGUUGAUGAAAUUCCAAUGAUUAUAGUUGAGCACAAAUCUGAGAAAAAAUCUUUGACUGCUGAGGAAAUCUCAUCAAUGAUCUUAGCAAAGAUGCGCGAAAUCGCAGAGCAAUUUCUUGGAACACAAGUAACGAAUGCGGUUAUUACAGUUCCGGCUUAUUUCAAUGACUCUCAGCGCCAAGCUACCAAAGAUGCCGGCCAGAUCGCCGGCCUUAAUGUACUGAGCAUACUCAACGAGCCAAGUGCCGCAGCCAUUGCUUACGGCCUCGACACUAGAGAUUAUUCUAAUCAUUUUCAUGGAAUCAGAACUGUCUUCGUCUUUGAUUUUGGCGGUGGUACGUUGGAUCUUACUCUUCUCACAAUUGACAACAAAGGAAACAUAACCGUCAAGAUCCAUGGCGGAGACACGCAUCUCGGUGGACAGGAUUUUGAUGCUGCAAUGGUUGAAUUCGUUGCGAGUGAGUUUCAGAGAAAGAAAAGGCUCGAUCUUAGAGGAAACAAAAGAGCCAUAUGCAGGUUGAAGGUUGCUUGCGAGAGAGCCAAGAGGAAUCUCUCUUCAACAACUCAAGCUUCCAUUGAGCUGGAAUCUCUUCAUCAGGGAAUCGAUUUCCAUACCUCAAUCACUCGCGCUAAGUUUGAGGAAAUCAACAAGAAGCUCUUUGAGAGAUGCAUGGAGCUUGUUCAUAAGUGUUUCGCGGAUAGUAACACGGCGAAGCAGAGCGUUGAUGAGGUUGUGCUGGUAGGUGGAUCGACUAGGAUUCCGAAAUUGGAGCAGCGGUUGAAGGACUUCUUCGACGGGAAGGAUCUUUGCAAGAAGUGCAUCAAUGCGGACGAGGCGGUUGCAUAUGGUGCUGCAAUCCAUGCUUCAAAACUGAGUGGUGACAAAAAUGAAAAGAUUCAAGAUCUGAAGCUCUGGGAAGUUACUCCUCUGUCCCUUGGCGUGGAUAUCAGAGGUUCAAUAAUGCGUGUUAUAAUUCCAAGGAACACCGUGAUUCCUACAAAGAUGCAAGAUUGGUUUACAACAACCGUCGACAACCAAACAAUAGUCACGUUUCAUAUCUACGAGGGCGAGAGGAAAAUUGCAAGCAACAACAACUUGCUGGGAAGUUUCGAUCUGGAAAUUCCUCCGGCACCUCGCGGCGCGUCGAACAUUAAUGUGUGCUUUGAAAUAGAUUCCAACGGUAUCCUACAUGUAUCGGCGGAGGAAAUAGCAACGGGGUGGACGAAGAAGGUGUCUGUAGUGAGCAACAAAGGAAGAUUGUCGAGGGAAGAAGUUGAGAGGAUGGUGAAAGAUGCUGAGAAGUACAAAGCUGAAGAUGAAGAAUACAGGCAGAUGGUUUCAGGAAAGAAUAAGUUGGAGGAUCUUGCUUACAAUAUUAGGAAUAUGAUUGAAGAUGAACGCAUUGCUUCAGAGCUAUCUGCAGAAGACAAGGAAAGGAUCAACAAAGCUGUUGAUUAUGCACUGAAAUUGGUUGAUGAGACUGAUUUUAUAACGGUGGAUGAGCUUGUCAAGGUAGAGAAAGAUCUAACUGUCUUUUAUACAAUUAUUUCGAAGAUCAAUCAAGAUCUUGAUGCUCGUGGUAAUGAAAGUGAAAGAAAAACCUUGAAGAAAGACAGAUUUAAGGUAGGAGCCAGCUUUGUCAAUGGGUUGAUUUCUUCUGUGUGUUCUGUUAUCCAAGUAAUACAGAAUAUGUAAAUCGGUUUAUCCUAAAAUUUUAGGACCGAUGAAAAGAUAAUUUAAAAUUAUUUUAUUUAGAAUGAUGUAAUGUAGUAAUUUAGUAAUUAACCUUUAAAUUGGUCACUACUUACUUAAUAUCUUCGAGGAAUAAAGAUCUAUUUUCUUGCUGCUAGAA